AAAAUUCCGAUAGUGGAAGAUGAAGUCCAGUGGCUUAUUCAAUUGUGGUACCCGAGUGAAACAAGAGCCCCGUGAUGUGUAUGAAAGUACUGAUGAUGUUCAAUGCUUCAGAUUUCAGCAAGAAAAUGUGACUGAAAGGCUUCGAAAAUGUGAUGAAAAUCAUGAAAUCCAACUAGACGAUUUGAAAAUUGAGUUCGAGUGUAGGGACGAGAAGCCAACGUUGAAUUCCUUGGUGAAAAUUGAAGAUGAUUCUCAAAACUACUCGCAGGGUGUAGAAUACAGUAGUGAUUGGGCAACUACAAACGGUAUUAAACAAGAAAUUUUGGACAAAGUGAAAAAAGAAUUUUUUGAAGAUGUCGUCGAUAACUAAUUGGUUACAAAUGAUGAGUUCGAUUUAAGUGGGCAAAAUAAAUCAAGAAUCAAUAUUGAUGUGGCUCGUUAAGAUGUUACUUUUUCGUGUAAUACAUGUAAGAAGACAUUUAGACAUAACAAAAGUCUCAAGAGUCACAUCAAAUCAGCACAUGAAGGUAUCAGAAGAUAUCCGUGCGAUUUAUGUGAAAAGCAAUUCUCAAUGAAAAGUCAUCUCAAAAUCCACAACGAAUCGAUUCAUAAUAAAAUCGCAUAUGUCAUAUAUAUGAAAAGAAAUUAUCAACGAAGAGUCAUCUGAAAAUCCACAUCGAUUCUGUGCACCAUGGCGUCAAAUAUCCAUGUGAUACAUGCAGAAAAAAAUUCACACGAAAGACUGAUCUCAAAAAACACUUAGAUUCGGUGCAUAAUAAAAUCACCCAUACAUGUGAUAUAUGCGGAGAGAAAUUCACACAAAAGUGCUCUCUCAAAAGACACAUAGAUAGGGUGCAUAAUAAAAUAACCUAUAAAUUUGACAUGUGCGAAGAGAAAUUCAUACGAAAGACUGAUCUCAAAAGUCUCAAAGUCUCAAAGCCCAUGUUAAUAUGGCACAUCGCUCUUAAUUAUAACUAAUUAUACCUAAAAAAAAGGAUCAAAUGUACGUUUAAUUAGACCAAAAAUCUCGAUUGACAAUGAUCUACUGUUUAAAAAAACAAUCUAUUUAAAAGAAUAAUUUUAAUUUAUUUUAUGGUGACUUCAUCCAGUAACAUGUUAUUAUGUUGUAUCAUACUCGAGGAUAAAAAUAAUGCCCAAUAAAUAAAUUUGUAAUUGAAAAAGAAUCAUAUUACAUCUUUAUAAUUUUGGGCUGAUCCAUAAUUCUUACUCCGCCCUUGUAAUUUGUCGCGCUCACAAGAUGAUUAUUUUUCUGUGUCGACAACAGCUACUAAGCAUUAAUUUCAAUUCAGUUUAAUCAAGUUUCAA